AGACAAAUUUUCUACAUUCCCCCGGAAACUUAAAAAAUGGCCUAAAUGGGUUGCUGUAUGUCAUCGGAUCACGACGAUCCAGCCAAUCAACACCUCCAUCCACACUCUCAUCAUCAGUUCCUUAAUAUUCAUGAGGCUCGGAAAAGAAGGCAAUCCUCUAUGGGUGUUGGGAUGGGCGUUGCUAUGAUGAUGCAACAAGCUGGAGCUCUUGUCGGAGCAGCUCCGCCACCGCCAGAAGCAGCAGAGAUUCAGUCACAGAUACGGAAGGCUAAGGCCGAGGGUCGUACGGUGACAAUGGUUAAUGGUGCGCUGUAUUUCGACUAUCAACUGGUUGCUCGCAUUCCUCCACAUUAUGAUAUUCGACUUUAAUUUUUUUUUUUCAAAAUUCAUUAUAUUUUUUGAUGGUGGUCUAUCAUUUGUAAGUAAAUAUAUAAAAAGGGAAAAUUGCCAAGAAAUAGGCGGAGCCAUAUAUCAAUACUUAAUGUUUAUAUGAAUGAACUUAAUGAACGCAAGAAAUUCACAAAAAAAUUAAAAUAAAAGCUCCGCCCAUCUCUUGGCUACUGCAACAAAUCCUUUUUGUAUACUUAUCAAUGUGCCACAAAAAAACGCUUUAAGAAUGUUGGUUUUCCACUUUUCCAGUAAUAUAAUAUUUGCUUUACAUUCCUUUUCUGAAACAUUGAUCUUUUUUCAACCUCCAUCUUCAUUUUCACUAUUAAAUUU